AUGCCAGCCUAUUGUAUGAGUCAGGUUUGGAUGCCUCAGGGUGUGUGUGACAAACUGGAUGCUACUGUCAGGAAUUUUAUUUGGAAAAAUAGGGAUGGCCGUGGUAUUCACUUGGUUGGGUGGGAUCGUAUUGCUCUCCCAAAGAGACUUGGUGGCAUAGGUUUGAGAAAAACUAGAGACCAUAAUGUGGCUUUAUUGGGUAAGCAUGUGUGGGAGAUCCUUGUGGACUCUAAUAAACCCUGGGUGCAACUUAUGAAAGCUCGUUAUUUUCCAAAUUGUUCCUUUUUGCUUGCAACUGAGAACCAAGGAUCGUCGGUUUGGAGGGGUUUCUUGAAGGCUAGAGAGGUGUUGCGUCCUGGCUUUGAAUUUAAGAUUGGUAAUGGCUUGUCAUCUUUCUGGCAUACACCCUGGUGCACUCCUCAGCCGCUGUGUCAGCUUGUGGACUUUGUACAUUUUUAUGAUGUAGAGCUGCAAUUAAAGGAUAUUUGGGAUGGUGAGCACUGGCGGUUGGAACGGUUAUGGACGGCAUUACCUGCUAACUUGGUUGCUAUUAUUAAUGAGGUUGCUGGUAGAAUCAAUCCUGGAGUUGCAGAUAGUGUUCGUUGGUCUGGGCACAUCACAGGAGAGUAUUCCACGGCUUUUGGCUAUAAUUGGAUUAUUAGCUAG